AGAGCAGCAGGCGGCGGCUCGCCGGCUCAGUGGCUGCGGCGGUGCACAAGGGGUGGGGGGCGGCAAACGAGCCCCAGCAGGAAUGAGGGGAGAAUCAUAUUUCCUUGGAAUGCGAGGCCCUGGUCACUAUGGCUGUGUUCCAGAGGAUGGGGGACUUCUCCUACUCUACUCUAUAGACCGAGACAAGGAUAUAAAGAGAUGUUUUGCAGAGGAAGAUUUUCAUGAAAUAACUGAUUUCAAUGAUCUCCCAAACUCUCUCUUCGCUUGUAACGUCCACCAAUCUGUGUUUGAAGGCGAGGACAGCAAGGAGAAGUUUGAGGGCUUGUUCCGUGCCUAUGAUGACUGUGUGACGUUCCAGUUGUUUAAAAGCUUCAGACGUGUGCGGAUAAAUUUCAGCAGUCCUAAAUCAGCUGCUCGGGCCAGGAUAGAGCUGCAUGAAACACAGUUCAGAGGGAAGAAGUUAAAACUAUACUUUUCACAGGUUCAGACCUCCGAGACAGAUGGGGACAAGCUUCAUUUGGCUCCACCACAGCCCGCAAAACAGUUUCUCAUCUCACCUCCAGCCUCCCCUCCCAUAGGGUGGCAGCCAAUAGAUGAUGGAACACCAGUCAUCAACUACGACCUCCUUUAUGCAGUUUCUAAACUAGGACCAGGGGAGAAGUACGAGCUGCAUGCAGGGACAGAGUCCACCCCGAGCGUGGUGGUGCACGUCUGCGACAGCGACACAGAGGAAGACGAGGACCCAAAGAAUUCUCCAAAGCCAAAAAUUAUUCAAACUCGGCGCCCUGGUCUGCCUCCUCCUGUGUCUAACUGAGCCUCUCCAGCGGAAGCAGCACUUCUCUCCUCCAGCAUGGCUCUUUGUUUUUCUGUUUGCUAUGUUUUGUUGAAGGGCAGCCAUUGCCUCUUGGGUAAUGGGACAUCUCGCUCAUUGAAAUCCCUUCUCUGUACUCAAGCCUGUCUAACACAAGGGCUAGGAAAAAAUUCUUUGUACAUGUAACCAUAUCACCUGCCAUCGAGUGUGACAGGUCUUGUGAAAGGGGCUAGAAUAGGCUGGGAAGAGGGGAGGGAGUUUAGUUUGAGGGUUUUUCAUAGCAUUGCACAUCGUAAUGAUAGCAAAACCAGAAGCAUCGCUUAGUAAACUAGUGAUGGGCAAAUAGGCUGAUGUUGGGAUUAAUAUGCAGAUUAGCAGAACAUUCUUCUCUGCUCCCCUUUCCACAGGAUCCCACUCCCCGCCCCCACCCCCCCACUACUCCCCAGCAGACCUGGGUCUCCCACUUGUCCCUCAUUCUUACCUGGUGUCAUCUUGUGAGGUAGCAGCUUCGUGGCCUUUAACCUCUUCACCUCCACUUACUAAGCAUUUAUCUUGUGGGAGGCAACUUCUGUAGGAGACAAGAAGUUUUCUGCAUGUUUCAGUUACAGCCAGAGGACUGAAACACUCCUGUCCCUUGACUGCUGCUGAAUACGUUGGCCCUUUAAAUCUGGGGCUGACACACUCUGGAGUGCAUUGGGCUGAAAGAGGAGGCAGGAUUUUGUGAAGGAGGAGGUGUCCUUCAUUCCUUUGUCCUCCAAUGACAGGGAGCCAGGCUGCUAGCAGUGGGGGAAAUCCUCACAUUCCAUCCGAGUAGGAGGGCAAGGAUAUUACUUCUCUUUUCCUGCACCCCUGAGGUUAGGGUGAAGAAGCUAACUUCCCAUUACACUGGGAUUCAUUACUGUCUCAUGGUAGCAGUGAUGGACAGAGGUUUCCAGUGGUAUGCUGGAUAGCCCUGAUACUCCAGCUAUUUGCAAAUAUUUGCCUAUCCCUAAUAAUCAGCACUCCCCCUCCCCCUUUCCUUGAUGUGUUUUAAGGUCCAUAUUAGCUGUAUGCAGUAUUCUGCGCCUCCCCCCACCUCCCCGGCCAAAUAAAACAGGACCACACUUAAACUUGAACUUAGACUGCAUGGAAUUUACUCUCCUGUCUCACUCACUUCUACAUGUCCCUGUCACUCAUAACAUGCACAGGAUUACUGACAUUUUUGUGCGUUCAUUGUGGCUGGUAGCAGAGAGUACUUAGAUAUUUGGAUUUUCUACCUGGGCAGAUCAUCUCUGUUAAUUAUUCUCAUGCACGCUCACCGUUUUGAGAAAGUGCUUUCUAGAGAUCUAAGCCUCGCUCUCACAAAGGCACGUGAGCUUAACUUGACACACGUGAGUAGUUCCAUUGAAAUGAAUGUUAUGAAAGCGAAGCGUAUGCAUAGGGCUUUGCAGGAUUGGGACAUAAGCAAAUGAGCUGCAGUUCUAUCCCACCCCUUGAGAUGACACUGAGGGGUUCCAUGUUUAAACUCUCAGUAUCUUUCCGAUCAAAUUUGCUCCAUUUACAAAUAAAAAGGUUUUGGGGUUUUUUUUGGUUUUUUUUUACUUCUCAACCCUGCAAGGUCAGCCUGGGAUCUGAAAGUCAAGCUAGGUUCUGUAAUAAAACCUUUAUUAGGAAGUUUCUGAAAAUUACAGUGGCAGAAUCUUAAUUAACAAUAAGGAUACGCAUGCUUCAGUGGACUCUAGCUCAUUCUCCCAUUGCUGUAUUGAUUCAGCAAUACUGACAGAAAGAAAAACACCUCAUUUUGUCACUAAAAUCAACAGAGACUUCUCAAUGCCCAUUGGGAGAACAGAGCUGUGGGUGUAAGAAUGAGCCAUUUUUAGAGAGUUCCUUUUCUGACCAUCACCAUUCUUUAAUAUUCCCUCUAAGAACUAGAGCCUUGCUUCUGCAUAACCCUUAUAGUGAUGAUUCUCAGUGCAGCGUGGACACCACUUAGGAUACAUUCACAUUUACGUUCAACAAACAUGUUCAAUGCAGCAGAGACCCAGCUUAAAUGAGACUUGACUUUAACAGCUUUAUGGGAUUGAGACAGAGAGCCUUCUUUAAAAAGAAAAAAAAAAGCUUUUCAGCUAGUUUCACAUUUUUAUGUUCUGACAAUGCUUUCAGAAUGAUUUAAAGAAUGAUAUUCUUCUUAGUUUAAAUCACCUUCCACCCUGGGACUAUAAUAUGACCAUUCCGGCUGAAAAUGGUACAUCAGGCAAGCUAUAGUAUUUAAGGAGAACAAAUCCCCUCCUAUUUCAUGUGUCAUUGCAUAGAUAAAAAGCUAUUUCGUUGUCACGAUCUCUUGGCUUUAGACAGUUAAUUGUGAAUAAUAUUUUUAUGUGAGGUUUAAAUGUAACAUUUCCUGAAUAAAACCGUCACUUUGAGAUGGCUGAGAUUUGGGGGCCAGAUCCUCGGCUGCUGUAAAUCUGUGUACCUCCAUUUACCUCAGUUUACACCAGCUGAGGAUCUGGUCUUUUAUGUACAAAAAUCAAACAAUGAGGAAUAAGAAACCCAAACCUAGUCCCCACAUCGAAGACUUUUGGGAGUCUGGAGCUGGGUCCAAACGAUGCAACUUGGGCCCAACUCAGAUUAAAAAUCUUAUUGUGACUGAAGCAUCAGUUUUAGUUUAGUGGUCACUUCUGUCUUAUUGUCUCAAGGUGCAUUAUGGGGCAUGCACACAAGGGAUACUUAAAGACAGGCAUAGUUAGUUGACUAUGUUAGGUCCUAAAAGAGUGGAGCUAUAGGGUACUAUGCAGGAGGGUGUGGGAAAUAGCUUCAUUGUCCAAACCACAGAAAGAAAAACACAGUUGAAAGAUUGAGACAACCCAAGGGAAUCCUGGUAUGGCUGCAAUCAGCAUUUAUAAAUCACUGUGUGAAAGGACAAUACAUCUGAUAUUAGAGAUUAACCCCUCUAGUAUGAAAAUAACAUUUGAGAACCUGGUAAGCCAGCUUUGUAGCUCACCAGCAGCCUAAGCCUGACUACUAAUGGAAAACAGACUUCCUCAAAAAGGGCUGACCACUCUGAAAAGUAAAUUUUCUACAUAAAUUCAGAAGUCCAGAUCCUGUGGCCCUGCUGACUUCAAUGGGAGUUUUGUCUAUGUAAGGUCUGCAAACUCAGCUACUAUGACUUUCACUUGCUGUAUGAGGAUUUGCAACACCAAAAGCAGAUUCUGCUUUAUAAGAGCACUAUAAAUCAGGACUAACUUCACUGGAGUUACCCCUGAUUCACACCAGUGUAAGGCCACAUCCAGACUACCCGCCGUAUC